CCAUGUAUGACAAAGUCACAGCUAAGCACAACUUGGAAAAACAUAAAUUUUAUAAAAAUAGAGAGAGAAGAAUGGGGCGAAAAUAAGGAAAGAAUUGGGCGGUUGAAGUGCAAAAGUGUUGGUAGAUGAUAAGUCAUCUUCAUGCUUCUACGUUCCAACCUCUCUGCAACCCCACUUUUUUUUUUUUUUUCUUUGCUUUCCAUUUUCAUCUCACAUUUUUCUGGCUUUUCAAUUUUCCUAAAGUUUAUAUACAGUUUCUCACAUUCUUCUAAACCAACUCUCUUUCUUUGUUAUGUAAGCACCACGCCACCAUCAACCUAUAUAAAUUUAUAUACACAAAACACAUUUUACAUUCGGACACAUAACAAUAACAUCCUUAUUCUUUCUCUCUCUAGUGUCUCUCUGCAUUUUUCUCAGAACCCACAAAGGUUUGGGAAAUUCGAGAAAAAACAGUGAUUCAAUGCCGGAACUUGCCAUGGAUGGAUCAAUUGUUGAGAACAAUCACAAAGAACCAAAUGGUCAUUUUCUACCUCACAGAGAAAUUUUCGAUCAGGGGUCUCCGAGGAGUCCCUUGAGUACACAUAGUCGCGAAACAGACUCAAUUGAUCUGGACAUGAAUGGAAACUAUAUUGAUACUUCAAUUGAGCAACUAUACAAUAAUGUGUAUGAAAUGCAGAGUUCCGAAUAUUCACCUUCAAGGCGGAGUUUUCUAUCGUAUGGUGAGGAAUCGAGAAUUGACUCCGAGUUAAGGUACCUGGCUGGGGUAGAUUUUGGUGAAUUGGAUAUCAAAAAAGAGGUUUCUCAGGAAAACAAAGGACACAAUGAUGACAAGUUUGAAAAGAUUAAAAGUCCAAAGCCUGUUUGGUCUGCAAAGGGAAAGAAAUUUCCUCCUUUGCAAACUGAUGCAAUAUCUAACAAGCCACCAAGAUCAAGGAGCAAGUCUUUUAAUGAAAAGCCUUCUCCGAAAAAGUUUGCAAAUUCGAAAAAUGAGAAGAAUUCUCCUCAGAAUCCAUCUAAGGCAGGGUACUUAGGACCAUAUUUACUUAAACAAGCAAGGGAAAUGAUUUCUACGACAGGGGAAAAUGUUCAAAAAGCUCUUGAACUAGCGCUUCGAGCGAUGAAAACGUUUGAGAGUUCAUCAAAGGGAAAGAAAAGUUUAGAGUUUGUUAUGUGUUUGCACGUUGUAGCAGCGUUGAACUGUCGAUUAGGGAAGUAUACUGAGGCAGUUCCGCUCUUGGAGAGAUCAAUUGAAGUUCCUGACUUGGAUGUGGGACAAAAUCAUGCACUCGCGAAAUUUGCAGGGUGCAUGCAAUUAGGUGAUACAUAUGCGAUGCUCGGGCAGUUGGAAAAUUCGAUACUGUGCUAUACGGCUGGCCUGGAAAUACAAAGACAAGUUCUUGGAGAGAAAGACACGAGAUUUGGCGACACCUGCAGGUAUGUAUCUGAAGCCCAUGUUCAAGCAAUGCAAUUUGAUGAGGCUGAAAAACUUUGUCAAAUGGCACUUGACAUUCAUAGAGAGAAUAAUUCCUCAGCCUCUCCUGAAGAAGCUGCUGAUAGGAGACUUCUCGGGCUUAUCUACGAUUCAAAGGGAGAUUAUGAGGCUGCUCUCGAGCAUUAUGUUUUAGCAGGAAUGGCCAUGGCAGCCAAUGGCCAGGAAGCUGAAGUAGCGUCCAUCGACGGCAACAUCGGCGAUGCAUAUUUAUCUAUGGCACGAUAUGAUGAGGCUAUAUGUGCUUACCAAAAAGCUCUUACUAUGUUCAAGUCUACCAAAGGAGAGAACCAUCCUUCAGUUGCAUCGGUCUAUGUACGUUUAGCUGAUUUGUACAACAAGAUAGGAAAAUUCAGGGAAUCUAAAUCUUAUUGUGAAAAUGCACUUCGAAUUUAUACUAAGGCCGUCCCUGGAAGCCAUCCAGAAGAGAUUGCAAGUGGUCUUGUCGAUGUCUCUGUGAUUUAUGAGUCAAUGAACGAACCUGAUCAGGCGCUUAAGUUGCUUCAAAAGGCUAUAAAAGUAUAUGGAAAUGCACCAGGACAACAGAGCACUAUCGCCGGAAUUGAAGCUCAGAUUGGGGUCUUGUACUAUAUUCUGGGGGAGUAUACAGACUCUUACAAUUCCCUGAAAAAUGCGGUAUCAAAAUUGAGAGAAAUUGGGGAGAAGAAGUCCGCCAUUUUUGGUAUUGCUUUAAACCAAAUGGGACUUGCUUGUGUACAACUUUAUGCAAUUAACGAGGCUGCAGACUUAUUUGAAGAAGCAAGGAUAAUUUUAGAGACUGAAUGUGGACCGUAUCAUGCAGAUACAUUAGGGAUCUAUAGCAAUCUUGCUGGUACUUAUGAUGCAAUGGGCAGGACGGAUGAUGCAAUUGAAAUCUUAGAAUUCGUCGUUGGAAUGAGGGAGGAGAAACUAGGGACAGCAAAUCCUGAUGUGGAUGAUGAGAAGAGGAGACUAACUGACUUAUUAAGAGAAUCAGGGAGAGUGAGGAGCAGGAAAACAAGAUCCCUGGAAACCCUUCUUGGUAACAAGGUUCAUAUUUUCCUUAAGAAUGAAGAGAUCGAUACACUAGAAAGAUGAAAUAAUAAUGUCUCCGUGGAAUUCUUUUUGUAUAUUUGGAUAAGACAAACUAGGAAAAAUAAAAUUGCCUUAGCUGGGCAAUGAGGAAUUGAGAUCCUCUGCUUGUGGUAUACGAUUUGGAGUAGAAAUGAUGUAAAGUUUUCAUUUUCAUUUUUCAUUGUCAGAGUCGAUAAAGUUUCUCCAUCAAUUUGUUCACUGUGUAUCUUGUGAAUGUUAAUAGUAUAUAAUGGUGGACUAUAGUUUUCAAGUUC